AGUAGCCUGACUCAGCGUUAUAAGGCACAGUAAGGCUUGAGACUGGAUGUAUUGUGAAUCGACCGACGGUUCGUAUCGUAAAUACCGCUCUCUGUGCUUGUUUAAGCCUAGUUAGUAACACUUCCGUCGUGUGAGCAAGACUAGUUUCGUUUGUUGCGAAUCACACGUGAGACGAGUAUCACGAUGGAAACCACGUUCUAUGACAACAGUUUCGCCCGCUCUCGGGAUGAGUAUGGAACUCUGAAGCGACCGGCAACUCUAGACUUGAAUCAGUCCAAGUAUAGUAAAAAACAGAAAAUGAAUAUAUUACUCACUUCGCCAGACCUUAACAUGUUGAAGUUAGAAUCACCAGAGCUAGAACGGUUAAUAAUCACCCACAACGGACUGGUUACGACUACUCCGACCCCGACGCAAUACCCUUUCUCUCGGAGCGUCACGGAGGAGCAAGAACAGUACGCUCGGGGUUUUGUGGACGCCUUGAAUCAGCUGCACCAAGCCACAGCGCCCAGCGCCGGCAGCGUUGUCCCUCAGCCCGUCGCAGCUACAGAAGAAAACUUGGUAGUGUCUAGCAGUAGUACGUGCACGAUUUUACCCGUCACGAAUGGCUACGUGAAAGAUGAGCCCCAGACAGUGCCCAAUCUCGGCCAGUCUCCACCAAUGUCUCCCAUCAACAUGGAAAACCAGGAGAGAAUCAAACUUGAGAGGAAACGGCUCCGAAACAGAAUAGCGGCCAGCAAGUGUCGUCGCCGGAAGUUGGAGCGGAUCAGUCGGCUCGAGGAGAAGGUUGCUCAACUGAAAACCGAAAAUAACGAUCUAGGAUCUGUUGUAAACAAACUACGAGACCAGGUGUGCACAUUGAAACAGCACGUGAUGGAACACGCUAAGAAUGGUUGUCAGAUUAUGGUGUCUAACCACGCUUUCUGAUCUUGUGAACAGUUUUAAACUGAAAAUAACGAUGUAGGGUCAGUUGUAAACAAAAUACGAGACUAAGUGUGCACCCUGAAACAACACGUGGUGGAACACGUUUUUAAGAACGGUUGUCAGAUUAUGGUAUCUGGACACACUUUCUGAUCUUGUGGACAGCUGUAUUAACUGAUCAGUACUG